AGAAACACGGAAGUAAACCAGGUGGGAGGGGACGAAGGCCAUCACAGCCCCUACUGAGCCUGUCACGGUAAGAUGUUUGUGGAGAUUUUCUCUUCCAAUUCAUUGUGAAGCGGGUCUAAUUUUACCUCCAGAGUGUACGCUAAUUCGUUGGGUAAGGUUUAAAUCUGGCCAGUAGAUUAAGAGCUUAACUAACCCGGCAAAGGCUUCCUUAAGCCCGUACUUAGAAGGUCAUGUCUCAGCUGUAGGAGCUAGCUGACACUGACAGGAACACCACCGCACCACACGGCUAACCCUUUAGCAUCUCUUUCAUUCAGCUAACCCUGACUAAAGCAAACAUGCAAGAAUGGGCAAAUCAACUCUGCGUAAGUAACAGGUCGAGGUUUUAUCGUCGAACAGCCCGAACCUCCACUUCAGCCUGUUUUGGGUUAGCUUCUCUAACCUGAGCGAUAUAAAGUCGAGUCUGCUGUGCUAACGUUGGAGUGAUGAUAGCAGGGAGCUAACCAACAACUCUGUCUCAUUUUUGGUUCAGUUACGAGUACAACUCAAAGUCAGCCGGUGUGACUUAUUUACAGCGAUAGUCUGAUAAAUAUACAGACGCUCACUUUAAGUUUAUUAUCACUUUUUAAUGUUAGCCGUGUGAAAUGUCGUUUAGCUCCACCGAAGAUGGCUAGCUAACGUCUGCUAACGGUCGUCGUUAGUAUGAGCUAAGUUGAAGCUAAUAACCGGUCAGAUGUUAACGGCUGUUUUACCAACAGUGCAGUCAACAUUGAGACAAACAGGUUUAUUUUGGGACGAAACUUUCACUGUCCCACAUAUUUAAUGGUCGUUUUGAGGUUUCCUCAAUGUCCAAAGUGGCCUGUUGAAAAUGUAGUUUAUCCCUUUAAUAGUUUUAAUGUCGAGACUAAUAAAGGUGAUGUAUCUGUUUUUCAGAGGUCUGGAUUCUGCUCUAAUAACAUCAAUUAAAAUUGAGAGUAUUAGGAAGUCAGUCGAAAGAAAUGAAAAGUUUAUUACACAUUUUUCUGAGAAAAACAAAAAACAAAACAAAAGACUUCCACCUGUCUCUCUCUUCUAAAUUCCAGCAACAAACCAAUACAUGAACUCUUCAGUAGAUGUCGUUAGUGAUGUACAUUAAGGAUCAUUUAUGAUCCCAGUUUAGAGGCAGCACAGUCACAUUAAUAUCUGAGAUGUUAUUAUGAUCUAAUGCAAUCUAAUACAACAGCUCUACAAAAAGUUGAAUAGUCAGGAAGCUUCUACAUUUUCAUUUUUUUUGUGUGUUGAUAUGAUCAAACAGUUGAUUAUUAUACUUGAUAUUUUUAUAAUGUCCAUUUAAUCGACAGACAUGAGGGGAGCAAAUUAUUAGAAAGACCCUACAAUACUUCAAACCAUUCAAGAACAAUGAGAAGGUUGUCUGAUCAUGUCAACUAAAGUUAAAAAUAAAGACGCUUCUUUAAAGUAGAAUUUGUGGUAGAGCUGUUGUAUUAGACUGCCCAGGUGUUCAUAGUGUUAUGGCUGCUUUAAGAAUUAUACAUAUUGUAACUCCAAAGUGAUCUAAUGUAUAAUCCAGGUUACUGUAGAAAAGCCAAAGGUAACAUAUGGAAAUGUACUAAUAACAUGAAUGAGCCAGUUGUUUUGUGAAAUUACAGUAUAAACCUUUUAAACAGUACAGACAGAAUGUUAAAUAAAUAAAUGUAAGUCUUAUGUUCCCUGAAACAGGAGUAUGUUUAACUGUUAACUCAAACUGCAUUAUUUCACUGUUAUACUACAGAACAUUGUUGUGUGGAAGAAGACCUUUCUUCAAAACACCUGAUUAAAAAUAUUCACUCUGUUGUAGAGAUGUUGUUGGCUGUGUACAUACUGACCAAGAAGAAAAUGCCUAAAGAGGAGAUACAAGUGUUGUUUUCUCAGCAAAAUCCAUUGUUUCCUCUCUGAUAGUUCACUGCCGUUUGUACAAGGAAAGACAGGAAUUCCUUUUAUUUCCCUGUGCCUGCACUUCAAGUAUUUCCUGUGGCCCUCACGAUGUUCCAAGUUUCCAGUCUGAAAAAAGAUUCAUCUGUCUCUGUCUCUGCUUUUGCAGGAAAAUCGACAAUUUGGAUCCAAGAUGACGGACUCCAAGUACUUCACCACCACCAAGAAAGGUCUGUUUGUGAUUGUUGAUAUCAAAGUUUUCAGGAAGCGCUUUGUGGGUUUUUUGGUACAUUUGGCUUGAUGGUACUGAUCUAUGCAAAAGAAGAUCUCAGAAGGGGAAUCUUUUUGACUAAAAUAACGAUGAAAUACAUGAACUAAGUGAGCUGUCGUACCUCUGCUUUGUAUUGAUUGUGUUGCAAGCAGCUGAAAAGCUAUGGUUUUUCUAAAUCAGAUUAGACAAAUUGAACAAAAGUAUUAGCUCUGGGACUCUCCUACUUUUCCUCCUUUUGUAUGACAGUGGCUUUUGUCGCACAAUCCAAAGCUGUUCAUCUUGCCAUACACGGAUCCCCAGGAAACAUAAACUGAUGCAUUUCAGUCAGGGUCUUAAGGAGUCAUGUCUUAUAGGAUUGCUUUCGACUCAAAAGAGAACAUUUUUUGUACAUCUACCCAAUGUUUUUAUCCUCCUGUCUGUUGCGAACAUCCCAAAGGUUUGAAGUGAUUAGUGGUUUGCCUGGAAAACUCUUAAGUCGGCAGACUUAAAGUUAAGCCCAAAAUUGUCAGUGCACUGACAGUUUAUAUUCACUCAGAUAGACGUUUUAAUGAUUCUGCUCUGAACAGGAAACUAAAUAAGAUUGAGUCUCUUUCAUUUUAUUUUAAAUCACAGAGAAAAAACCUUGGGAACAAGGUUUCACAUGUAUUCACAACACUUAAUCCAUUUCAAUGGAAAAUAUUGUGUUAUGUCAAUAUUUCAGAUUUCUCUGCACUACUUACAGAUGAAUACUUAAAUCACAAUAAUCAAGAACAAAGUAUUGAACUGUGAUGUUAAUUUUUUGUUGAAAAGGACAUAUUUUUGUCCCCUGGCAUUGGACUUAGCGAUGCUUACUACACAACCGAGUAUUUGCCUGAUUGACUUCAGUGGAUAGUCAGCUGUUUGUCCAACAGAAGAUACUUCUGUAAUGCUCCAGGCAAUAGGUAGUGUCUUUACAACCUCAUGUGAUAUGUUUACUUACUUUGUAUUCAAAAACUGUCAACAAAUAUACCAGAGUUUUUGCUUUAGAUGCAUGAGUUUGACAUGAAGUGGGGGGGAAAGUUGAUAAAAGCAGCGCUGCCAGUCAUAUCAAGGAUGUGAGGAGUUUGAAACUGCUGGCUGUUGUCUUUGUUUGUCUUGAUGAGGGUGUUUGCCAAACAAAGGAGCGCUGUAAAUUGUAUGUUUGUGUAUCCACUUGACUGUUUAUAUGCAGGGAUUCUUAUAAUAAUGGCCAUUCUGCUCCAUGGUACUUUCAUCCUGUCUAUCACAAGUGGAUUACCUGAUACACAGUUCCCUUUUGUUUCUUUUAUGUGUUCAGGGGAGAUCUUUGAGCUCAAGGCAGAGCUCAACAGUGAUAAGAAAGAGAAGAAGAAGGAGGCAGUAAAGAAGGUCAUCGCAUCUAUGACAGUGGGCAAGGAUGUCAGGUGAGCAUGGGGAAAAUGUCAGAAGCAUACAGACAUUAGUGAUGCACUGUUACACUCCUCUGCUCCUAUGAAACAAUAGUGAUGUAGCACCUUGUCCCUUUUACAGCGCACUGUUCCCAGAUGUUGUCAACUGCAUGCAGACGGACAACCUGGAGUUGAAAAAGCUGGUCUACCUCUACCUGAUGAACUACGCCAAGAGUCAGCCAGACAUGGCUAUCAUGGCCGUCAACACCUUUGUAAAGGUAAGGCUCAAUCUGUCAUGAAUCUAUCAUAAACUGAAAUAGUCUCUGAUUAGAGUUCAGAAAUCAGUGCAUUUAGAACUUGUAACAGUUGUAAUUUUUUGCAUAAUGCUCCUAAACAAGCUGUUGGAUUUAUUUGCAGUAGAAAUAAAUCAUAAGUUUUGACAACAUUUAUGGCCUCUUUUUACCACACAUCUAGGACUGUGAAGACCCUAAUCCUCUAAUCCGGGCCCUUGCUGUGCGCACAAUGGGUUGUAUCCGUGUGGAUAAGAUCACUGAGUACCUCUGUGAGCCACUGAGGAAAUGUCUGAAGGAUGAAGACCCGUAUGUGAGGAAGACCGCCGCUGUGUGUGUAGCUAAACUCCAUGAUAUCAAUGCACAGCUGGUUGAGGACCAAGGCUUCCUGGACACCCUCAAAGACCUCAUCUCUGACUCCAACCCCAUGGUACGAUUUGACAUACAGGAAUUUAGAUGGUUUGCCAGAAUCUUCUCAGCACAGUCCCCUCAAGACAUUUCUUUUUUAACCGGUGUCUUAUACUCUCUCAUUGGUAAAUGUUUCUGCUGUUGUCAUCCUCAGGUUGUUGCUAAUGCCGUGGCAGCGCUGUCCGAGAUAGCAGAGUCUCACCCAAACAGUAAUCUCCUGGACUUAAACCCCCAGACCAUCAACAAGCUGCUGACUGCUUUGAAUGAGUGCACAGAGUGGGGACAGAUUUUUAUCCUCGACUGUCUAGCUAAUUACACACCUCGUGAUGACCGCGAGUCACAAAGGUGAGAACAGGAAUUGCAUUCAUUAACUUUGAAUGUCAGCAAGGAGGUAACGCCUGUAAAACCUGUCUAAUAUUCUGUCCCUUCCCUCUAUUUAUCAUCAUCACCUGUUAGCAUCUGUGAGCGUGUGACCCCACGCCUCUCACACGCCAACUCUGCAGUGGUGCUGUCAGCGGUUAAAGUUUUAAUGAAGUUCAUGGAGAUGCUGCCCAAAGACUUGGACUACUAUGGCACCCUGCUCAAGAAGCUCGCCCCUCCUCUGGUUACUCUUCUCUCUGCUGAGCCUGAGCUUCAAUACGUCGCCCUCAGAAACAUCAACCUCAUCGUACAGAGACGGUAAAUGCCAGAAAAUGACUUUGUAAGGUCUUAAAUUUACAUUAUUCUUCAUGCUUUGGUUGUAGUAGAAUUCACUAAAAUUGGAGAUAUUGUGUCAUGUUGUAUGCGUGUCCUUGAUGACCAGAAAUAUUGAUGUCUCAUUUCAGUCCAGAGAUUCUGAAACAUGAGAUGAAGGUUUUCUUUGUGAAGUACAAUGACCCAAUCUAUGUCAAACUGGAGAAGCUGGAUAUCAUGAUUCGUUUAGCUUCUCAAGCCAACAUUGCCCAGGUAACGCACCCACAGCUUGUGGCAGCUUGUCUAAAAUACAUCCAGGUAAUAUGAAAAAGAUCAUGUGAGUGACUGCUGCUCCUCUGUUGUGCUGUAGGUCCUUGCAGAGCUAAAGGAGUACGCCACUGAAGUGGAUGUGGACUUUGUUCGCAAAGCGGUCAGAGCUAUUGGCCGCUGUGCCAUCAAAGUGGAGGUGGGUGAAGAUGAUGUCAUCGUAGCAGCAGGCACUGCUCUGAUUUGUUUUUCAAAUCCUUUUUCUGCACAUGUUGUUCAGUGAGAAAGAAAACCUUUGAACAGUUUAUAAAAAGACUCCAAGUCAGAAACAGCACUCCUGUUCAUGUACAAAAUAAAUAAUAAUACAGUUUAUAAGAAUAAACUUUUAGACAUCUAGAUAAAGGGUAUAAGAUGAUGUCUUAACAUAAAAGUUUUUAUUGAAAAUAUUCAAAAAAAACCAUUGUUAAACAUAAUGUCCUUGUCAAGUAAUUAAAAAAAAGAAACCUAAGCAGAUUGUUAGAGUUUCAGAUUUUCAUUUAGAAUCAAUUUUAAUUUAAACUGAUUUUAAAUCCUAAACAUGUUUUCACUGUCUGAACCACAGUUUGAGAAAUCUCUUUUUUAGGUCAUAUAUUUUAAUGAAUAUAUAAAAUGUACAUAUUUAAUGUGGAUGCCAUUAAUUUUUCAUCCUGCAGACUCCUCAUAACAGAUUUAUCUUCUUCUCUGUCCGUCAGCAAUCAGCAGAGCGGUGUGUCAGCACGCUCUUAGACCUCAUCCAGACCAAGGUCAACUAUGUGGUACAGGAGGCCAUUGUGGUCAUCAAGGACAUCUUCCGCAAGUACCCUAACAAGUAGGUCCCUUUACAGACAUCAGUGCUGUGCAUCAUGAUGGUCAGUUAUAUAGUAGGUCCAGUUCAAGAUGCUUCAUGUUCCAACCUAAUUUCUAAGCUUUUGUUUUCACCCAAACAUUCUGUAGUUACACAUGCCGACACACCACGAUUUGGGCUCUGCUGGCACUCUUUUAUUCCAGCUGGUUUUUGAAUGGUCAGAUUGUUAGCUUGGAAAAAAAACGGGAAGUGUUUUAUAUCGGUGCUUAUCCCAAAAAGUCUGCUGAAGAGCGCUCUCAGAAGAAUAAUGUCCUCUAUAAUUCUGAGUGUUUUAGUGGACAGCUUAACACCCUCUUCUGAUCGCACCUGGUCAGAGGUCAGGCAGAAUUGGUUGUGACGUGACUUCUGCUGUAGAUCCACCACCAGACAGUUUCAUGUGUGAGACAAAAACCUCACCCACACAUUACAGUGGAGUCGUGAGUCUCAAAGGCAGCAGAUUUGUAAAGCAUCCAGCACAGCUUGGCUCAAGCCUUUUUAGGUGGAUGAGUCAUUCCCCACUUGAACUUCUGCCUUCUCUAUUAAUUAGAAAUCAACUUAAACGCUCUGCUUUGGCUUAUUCGUUCUUAUAAAACUAUUAUGUAAAUGUGAUUGGUUAUUUUUAAGCAUUUUCACAAAACAGAAGUAACAGGAAUAUGUUAACCUUUGCAGAAGACUUUUUCUGCCUUUUUAUGAGUUAUUGUAAUUCAUGUUCCCUGACUGUUUCUCUUAAUAUAUUUUGUAGCGCCUGAGUGUAUGAGAUGCUGUUUUUGUGCGUCUGUGUUUUUAGGUACGAGAGUGUGAUCGCCACUCUCUGUGAAAAUCUGGACUCCCUGGAUGAGCCCGAGGCACGUGCUGCCAUGAUCUGGAUCGUGGGAGAGUACGCCGAACGCAUCGACAACGCAGAUGAGCUGCUGGAGAGCUUUUUGGAGGGUUUCCACGAUGAAAGCACUCAGGUGUGUUCAGGAGACUGUUACUAAAACCAUGAAGUCAGCUUUUAAUGAUAACAGCGUCAGCGUCGUUUGCAGUCAGUGCUCGCACCAAGCAGCACACCAUGAGAGUAAUGAACAAAACAUCGCUGAGUGAAAUAUUUUGUGUGACUGUGACUUACUGUGCUGAAGGUGAAGAUAGUAAAGAAGUGGGACGUAUUUUUUAAUCCAUCUGACAGACACAGGUUAAAGACAACCAGCCUUCACUCUAAGGGGAGUCUUCUGGCAGAGUUUGUUAUACUGACACAUUACACCUCAGUCAUAUAUUUGUUUCUGUUUUAUCACCUCAGAUAGGCCAUAAUAGCCGACAUCUCUCCUCGCUGCGACAAGAGAUUUUGUGGGAUGAAAGGAAUUUAUUGUGCAGUAAAUGCUUUCUUUUAAUCUGUGAGGUAGAGGCAGAUAUGAGAAGUAGUUAUAUUUGCUGUAAAACAGGAUGUUGCAUCCAUCGAAGUCCAUCAGGGGUAAAAGACAUAAUUAGGUUAUUCUCAUGCUUUUACUUGCAGUCAUACUCAGUGACUCUUGGAAGAUUGCCGGAAAGAUGCACUAUGCUGAUGUAUAAUGUUUUAAGACUAAUUUUAUUUCACCGCACCUUAAAUAUCUGUAUGUCAUGAACUGUAUGUGUUAACUGUGACAUUCAGGUGCAGCUGCAGCUGCUGACAGCAAUCGUCAAGUUGUUCCUGAAAAAGCCGACGGAGACCCAGGAACUGGUGCAGCAGGUGUUGAGCCUGGCUACUCAGGUGAGGAAAAUCAGUCAUUUUCUGCCUGUUAUCAUCUGUUUCUGUGGAUUUUUGACCUCAUUCUGUUGUGUUGUACUCUGACUCACUAUCAUUUGUGCUCCCAUUUUUACUUUUAUGUCUAUUACAAAGAGUUGUAUUGGAUUAAAUGACACUGAGGCGUCUUAAAAUAGCAUCACAUUUUUUUGUUUUGUGCUAAAAAUGUCACGAACAUUCUUGAGACUUUCUGUGUUGUAGCCAAAAUAACCUGCUCCCGCCACAUGAUGUUUAUUUAUUAGAACAUUUUCCAAGUUUUAAAGCAGUAUAUCUAUACAUCAGCCAAAUCCUAGACACACAGAGGCUGAGCUAUUUAAUAUCUCUGAAUCACUGCUCAUUCUCUCAUAAAGGCCAAGACAGAAAAGAGAAUCACAUUAAGUAUUUAUUAAAGAAGCUCUAUGAAUAAUAAUCAUCCUUCUUCUUAAUGGCUCUCUCUUUCUCUCUGCAGGACUCCGACAACCCAGACCUAAGGGACCGCGGCUACAUCUACUGGCGUCUACUCUCCACCGACCCUGUGGCUGCUAAGGAGGUGGUCCUGGCUGAGAAGCCCCUAAUCUCCGAGGAGACAGACCUGAUCGAGCCCACACUACUGGAGGAGCUCAUCUGCCACAUCGGCACUUUGGCCUCUGUCUACCACAAGCCCCCCAGUGCCUUUGUGGAGGGAAGCCGUGGCGUUCAGCACAAGAGACUCCCUGGCAGUGCCGGAUCGUGAGUCAUGAGCUGUUUUUUUUUUCUUUUUCCUGUAAACACUGUUUGCACAGGAGCUUGUUUACCUAAGUGGAUCCAUCAAGCCCCUGGACUCUGCCAUUAGUCUGCUGAGGAGCACACUCUCCUGCUCUGUCAAACUGUGCAGCUGAUUUACUUUGCUCCUUCCUGCCCAUAAUAUGUCAUACUAUGAGCUUCCCACUUUUAAGGAAGAUUAGAUUGAGGUUAUUUCAGCAAUUUGAAGACAAAUUAGGUGUACAGUGCAUUCGAAAUGGUCCUCAGAUGAAUUAGAUCAAAUACAUAACCACAAUUAUUUCUUUUAUUUCUUCUAGUGGGGAGAGUGUUGAUAGCCCAGAUCCUGCUUCCGCCGCUGGAGUGACUGAGGCACCCCCUGCUGUUAUUCCAUCCCAGGGAGACCUCUUGGGUGAUCUUCUCAAUCUGGACCUGACACCUCCCACCGCAACCGGACCACCACCAGCCCCCUCCUCUGGGAUGCAGUUGGGUGCUAUGGACCUUCUUGGGGGUGGACUGGACAGCCUGGUAGGUUUUCUACAUCAUCGUUUGACUGGAGCUGACAACUUCUGGAAACACCUAUACAACACUCUUUCACUUAUUUUUACAGGAUUUAAAAGUUCCUUUGUAGUUCGUCUUUUUUUUCUCUACCUUUGGUGCCUUUUCCUGCUUUUUUUUCCUUUGACCCCUGUGUGUUUUCCUCUCUCUGUUCAAUGCUGCACCUGCAGAUGGGGGAUGAGUCAGAGCCGGUAACUACCUGAGAGCAGAAAGCACGAUUUUUUUAUGAGCCACGUCAAACCAUUUCAUAGGAUUCAUUUUACCCUUGCUGUUUUUAUGCAUCAGUCCGACCUUUUUCCAUUACUUAUGGUUUUCACUCCUGUGGUAAAUUUAUCGUCAGCAUGCUGUGAAAUCAUUGAAUCAUCCAUUUUUCUCAUCUUUGGGCUGUGGAUAUGUUUCAUUUUUUCAAUCAGCCACCCGUUCCUCUGCGGACAGACACUCCACAGUCGCCUCAGCUCCAUCAGUCACCAUCACCCCCAGAUUACAGCCCCACUGAGGUCGGUCCAUGAGACCAGGCUGGGUUAGAAAAGACCAGCCAUCAGUCUAGACUCCCUGGUGACCCCUGUUGUCCUCAGAGUAGUCCUACAUUUGGCAUUUGUGAUUGUUUGCACUUCGUAGUUCAGUGUUUGUUGUCCAAUCCAUGUCAAUGAAACUUCAGUCCAUCAUAUCUGGGGCUCUUCUUUAAAUGCUCUUUAUUUCAACUCAGUCACUAUGUGGAGCCCCUAAACCUUUAUACCACUACUUUUUUGCACCGCCAGUUUUCGUCACUGGGCACUCAAGCUUUUCACCACCACAGGACAUACAAUUCUUGAGUGAUAUUUGACAUAAAACCUGUUGGAUUCAAACCGACCCACAAACAUACUGGUGUUUCCUUCCUGUUGUCGCUUGUUAACCUUUAAACCCUGUAGCUGUAAAUCACAGAGACAUUUUUCACCCUCACACCAUCCCUUCAUUACCCCUUUAAACAAACGUAACUCAAUUAAAGAACAUGAACUAACAGUGUUUUUCCCCUAACAGCUCGGUGGAGACAUUGGAGGAAGUGCCGCAGUAAGUCUGAGUUCCUGUUCAUCUUUGAUUGGUCAGUAGAAGUGACAUUAGAAGUCCUGGUGUAAUGAGUUGCUCUGUGACCCGCAGAUGGGGGCUGGUUUUGGUGCAGCUCCAGCUGCAAUGCCAGCCUCUUUCAAUGCCCCGGUCAGCGGUGGUCUGGAUGACCUGUUUGACCUUGGCGGUAGCGUUGGUAUGCCUAUGGGAGCCUACAGCCCCCCUAAAACAGUGAGUCCUGACAAGCUCCGCUGUAACAGACACUGCAGAGAAUGAUACUGAAGUACUUUUGUGGGUUUGUGAUGAAAUAACUGAUCUUGUCUUUGUCCAGGUUUGGCUUCCAGCUAUGAAGGCCAAGGGUCUGGAGAUAUCAGGCACAUUUGCGCGUCGUGCUGGGGUCAUCCAAAUGGAGAUGACCCUCACUAACAAAGCUAUGAGUGUUAUGACUGAUUUUGCGAUCCAGUUUAACAGAAACAGGUAAAGCCACCAGCUAAAGGAAGAGCAGUGAUCUCUGAAGAUUUACAGAUUGUUGUGACUUUUUUUAUUCAACCUUUUUUGUCCCUCCGUAGCUUUGGUCUUGCUCCAGCUGGUCCACUCCAGGUUCUUACUCCUCUCAGCCCAAACCAGAGCAUUGAAGUGAGCCUUCCUCUCAGCACAGUGGGACCAGUCAUGAAGAUGGAGCCUCUUACGAACCUGCAGGUAACACAUUCACUGGAAUAAUAUCUCAAGUUUUUCUUCCUUCUGAAGCUGAACUGAGUUUGUAAAACACAUGGGGCUCAGAGUUACAUAAACCGACUGUUUUCAUUAAUUCAACACUGGCCUUAUCAGGACACUGAAGCCUCGGGUUGACUGUCCUCACUUUGCUUCUUACUCAGCCCGGGGCCUCAGACAUUGUGACACACAGUAUCAGGGGUUAGAAUCUCAAAUUUAUCCAGAUUUCUGGGUUUUCUGUCCAAAUGAGGUACACACGUGGACAAAAUUGUUGGUACCCCUCAGUUAAAGAAGGAAAAACCCACAAUUCUCACUGAAAUCACUUGAAACCUACAAAAGUAACAAUAAAUAAAAAUUUAUUGAAAAUUAAAUAAUCAAAAUCAGCCAUUACAUUUGAAAUGUUGAUUAACAUAAUUAUUUAAAAAAAAAAAACUAAUGAAAUAGGGCUGGACAAAAAUGAUGGUACCUCUAUAAAAGAUUGAAAACUAUUUGACCAGAGUGACAUGAUUAACUCAGGUGUGUCCUUUAAUUGACAUCACAGGUGUUUCCAAACUCAUAAUCAGUCAGUCUGCCUAUUUAAAGGGAGACAAGUAGUUACUCUGCUGUUUGGUGAAAAGGUGUGUACCACACUGAACAUGGACAACAGAAAGCGAAGGAGAGAAUUGUCCCAGGACAUCCGAAAAAAAAUUAUAGACAAACAUCUUAAAGGUGCAGGCUAUAAGACCAUCUCUAAACAGCUUGAAGUUCCUGUGACAACAGUGGCUCAUAUUAUUCAGAAGUUCAAGACCCACGGGACAGUAGCCAACCUCCCUGGACGUGGCCGCAAGAGGAAAAUUGAUGACAGAUUGAAGAGACAGAUCGUUCGAAUUGUAUCCAAAGAGCCCAGGACAACCUCCAAAGAAAUUAAAGGUGAACUCCAAGGCCGAGGUACAUCAGUGUCAGAUCGCACCAUUCGUCGUUGUUUGAGCCAAAGUGGACUUCAUGGGAGACGACCAAGGAGGACACCACUGCUGAAAAAAAAUCAUAAAAAAGUGAGACUGGAAUUUGCAAAAAUGCAUGUUGACAAGCCACAAAGCUUCUGGGAGAAUGUCCUUUGGACAGAUGAGACCAAACUGGAGCUUUUUGGUAAGGCACAUCAACUCUAUGUUCAUAGACUCAAAAACCAAGCAUACGAAGAAAAGAACACUGUCCCUACGGUGAAACAUGGAGGAGGCUCAGCAAUGUUUUGGGGCUGCUUUGCUGCAUCUGGCACAGGGUGUCUUGAAUGUGUGCAAGGUAAAAUGAAAUCUGACGACUAUCAAGGCAUUCUGGAGAGAAAUGUGCUGCCUAGUGUCAGAAAGCUUGGUCUCAGUCGCAGGUCAUGGGUCUUCCAACAGGACAACGAUCCAAAACACACAGCCAAAAACACCCAAGAAUGGCUGAGAGAAAAGCGUUGGACUAUUCUAAAGUGGCCUUCCAUGAGCCCAGAUCUGAAUCCCAUUGAACAUCUGUGGAAGGAGCUGAAACAUGCCAUUUGGAGAAGACACCCAUCAAACCUGAGACAACUGGAGCAGUUUGCUCAUGAGGAGUGGGCCAAAAUACCUGUUGACAGCUGCAGAACGCUCAUUGACAAAUACAGAAAUCGUUGAAUUGCAGUGAUUGCCUCAAAAGGUUGUGCAACAAAAUAUUAAGUUAUGGGUACCAUCAUUUUUGUCCAGCCCUAUUUCAUUAGUUUGUUUUUUUUAAAUGAUUAUGUUAAUCAACAAUUCAAAAGUAAUGGCUGAUUUUGAUUAUUUAAUUUUCAAUAAAUUUUUAUUUAUUGUUACUUUUGUAGGUUUCAAGUGAUUUCAGUGAGAAUUGUGGGUUUUUCCUUCUUUAACUGAGGGGUACCAACAAUUUUGUCCACGUGUGUAACUCAUGUGAUCAUUGAUAAAUAAACAGAUAUUUUGAAACACAGGGAGCAAAGCUGGGACAUCUACAGACUCAAAUGUGGUGAUACUUUUCAUUUCUCCUAAUAUUGGGAUGAGCUUUGAGCUUUACAGUAACUUUUUUUUAGCACUUUAACACCAAAAUGCUUCAUGAUUGUAUGCUCAUAAAACAGUAUUGUGUAUCGUGAAAUAUUUAGUACCGUCCGGUGUCUGAAAGGAUCGGUUAUGCAUCCUCCCUGUCGUUCAGUUAUAGCGUUGAAUUCCCAUGUUGUUGAUAAAACAGAAUAUAAUCUUGAAACGGCCUUCAGAGGCGCUCUGAUAAGCAGCAAAUAGAAAGGGCUGCAAACACUGGGUCGGUUUUGAUCUUGGUGGUCUCUUUUUAACCGGGCAGAGUGGUGAACGGCUGCUGCAGCUGGAGGGAGAAGAUAAGAGAGUCAAGGGGGAUGAUAGAGGUGGGGGUGGUCAUUAGUGGUCACCCAGCACAUGGCUCCUUUGUUUUUCGCUGGCCUCUGUAGACCUGCUAACCUUUCUUCUCUGCUGCCUCCAGGCUUCGCUUUGAUGAAUACUUUCGUCUGUUUUGACAUUUUCUUAGAUGUUUUUAUGUUGAGAGGUUUUUCGUCUUGGCAGGAGAUUGUUUCCCCGAAUAUUACUGUGGGUGCUCUUUUGACUACUGAUAUGUAAAAAUAUGUUUGUACACCACCACCACCACCACACUCAAUGAAACCCUGUCAUCACGAAACCGCACAACUUCAGAGGAAGGUUUCUCUGCUAUUUUUGCUGCUGAAGGAUUAUUAAUAAGCACACAGAUACUAAAUUUAAAGACAUCAAAGUUCUCACUCACUGCAGCAGCAGCUUGCUCCACAUUUCUGGCAGUAAAUUUCUGCACAAAUAAUUUGAGACCGAUCCAUAAAUCAAUUACUUAUAAAGCUCCAUUUGACAGACGAUCUGCUCUAUUAGUUUAGUCACUGGGAGACAUGAGCAGCUGUCUUGUUAAAUGUGCGUCUUUAGCUUUAUGGUUGAAGCUUGACUAUCUUUUUCGUCCUGGAGUUGAAGGUUGAAUAGAAAGUGUGUUUAUUUCUUCUAAUGUUAAUGUAAAGUUCAUGCAGCAGUGCUAAUGACACUUUUAGAUUCAUCUUUCAUCUGUAACGCAAAUGGGAGUGAAAUUAAUGAAGCCGUUAAAGAUUUUUAACACAAUUUUCCACAACAUGACUUGAAGCAUCGUACAAGCAGUCCAAAACCCCCAAAUCUUUUCUGUGCUAAACCUGAUAAUCUCUGACUGCUUCUUUAGGGGAACUGAAUAUUCUGAUGAUAAUCUGCACGGAUGUUUCACUCUUCUUUGUUAUUUUCAAAGUGCUUCUUAAAGAGCUUAAAGGCAGAGAUAAGUUUAAAAACAAUAAAAAGAUUGAAUUGAGGACAUGAAAAAGCCUGGAUCAGUCCGUAAACUUUGAGUUCGUACCUGAACCAGGUCUGCUCUCUUUCACUUAUUUAAUGAUGAUCUAUAAGGACGAUAAUGUGAAUGAGGUUUAAUGUGUUAGAGUGAUUGUGGCUCUAUGCUGCUCAGAAGUUAAUGGAAGAGAUAAAAGCAUUUUUAACAAUCAUCCUAACAGGAGGCUGAUCUAUAAAAUAUUGUACUAAACGUGCAUUACCCAGUUAAAAUAUAGAAUAUAGAUAUAUAAACUCACUGUUAUUUAUUGGUGAGCAUUUCUUAUUUCACCAUCAUUUCCACCUCAGCUCGAGAGACUCUGUCUAAAGCCUCCUAAAAGUCGUCCUCACUCCUCCCAGCAGUUUUUCACCUUACGAGCUCUCUUAGGAGCUAAAAUGCUUUGUGAAUAACUUUUAUCUUUCCUAAGCUUAACUCUUUGGGGAAAAACGUCUUAAUAAACGUUGUUGUUCUAAGGAUUUUGUAACGUUUGUUUUGGGAAGCUUUGUGAGUACGACCCAGGGAUAGUUUUGUGUUUAACCUCCUCUUGUGAGAAAACCUCUUCCUCUUACAAACAAAUGAUGCUUGUGUACUUAGUGUGUGACACACCGUGUUACUGGCAGCCCCGCAUUGCAACCAGGAAUGAGACACCCUGAUAAAUAAUUCAGGAGUCCUUCUGCUCUCCUCUGGCCGAACUCUCCCCGUCUUUUACUCAGUGGCUCUUCUUUGAGCCUCUGGAUCGAUAUCACUAGCUGCCACUUGUUCCUUUAGGUGCUUCCAUCAUGCUCCUGUUGUUCUGCUGUGUCAGUGUCUUGGGUGCCACACGGGUUCACAAACUGUGAAGUCCUGUCUGGGGAGCAAAGGCUGAAAAGUGAUGUUGUUUUUGUGGUAGAGGCCUGUUCUUCUUGAGCAUUAAAUUUUUCAACACAGCCUGCGAUUCUCAACUCCUCUGUGUUUUCUGAUUUAUUUAUAUCUCUUUGCUAAGCCCAGUUUGAAGAAUAGAUCAUUUUUGAUAGGUUAAGUAUUUUCUGAUCAUCGUUGCAAAUUAAAUUCUCACUGAGAGACAGAGAAGAACACAGGCUUUAUGUAUGCUGGUGAGCUUUAAUGUAGCCUCCGUUUUGUUUGCAUGAGUGGAUCAGAUGCCUGAAGGACUGCAUCCCUCCUGUUCAGUAAACAGCACACAUAAACCAGCAUGCCUAUCCUUGAAAGGCACUUCAAAAAGUAAUUACCCAUAUAUUGCUUCUUGUUUCUCCUCUUGUCCUCUGCCUCUACCCCCCCCUCCCUGGGAUGUAAUCACUUUCACAGGUGGCUGUAAAGAACAACAUUGACGUAUUCUACUUCAGCUGCCAGUACCCCAUCAGCAUGCUGUUUGUAGAGGACGGGAAGAUGGGUGAGUGUCUCUUGGCUUCGCUCGUGAGAGCGUCAGAACCCUGCUGACGUCAAAAGCAAACACAUCAGUCAUUCAGCCGAGUUGAAUUAUGAACAUGUGAAAAGUGAGGCCAAGUGUGAGGCGCAGAUAUGUGAGAAACAUCCACCUGCCUGUACCCGUUCACCUCUCAAGCUGCACACUUUCUCCCAGAUUGUGCUCCAGUGCCAGUUCUGGUCUUUGUUCUCUUUUCUGUGUGCUGUGGUUUGAUUUAUUCUGUGAAAAAAACAUGAUGGCAUUUUCCCCCGUGGAGCCUCCUGAUGGGGGACUAGCAGCUGGGCGGCUGCCAGGGGCCGAGUCGCAGCAGGAGGCUCCACGCGUAAUGUGAAAUUAAACUUUUCACACACCGCAUGAAUAUUCUCCCUCAGUGUGUGUUUAGAUUUACGGUUACUACACCUCCUCUUGUUAUUCUCAUACAGUACAUUUCUCCCUGUGUCUUUGGACUCAUCCUGUGAUUGUGUCUCUUCAUCUGCAGAGCGGCAGGUGUUCCUCGCCACAUGGAAAGACAUUCCUAAUGACAAUGAGUCCCAGUUUCAGAUCAAAGACUGUCAUCUCAACUCAGGUGAGAAGAAAGUUGGGGAUCAGACGACAUGGUUCACCUCCAUCCUGCAGCUCCCAAAUCUGUGAAAACGUUUUAACAGAGAAGUGGCCGUUUUCAGAUACUCGCCAAUGAAGCAGAUAGGAUUUGAUGGGCACUUAGUGCUGUAGUCUCUAUUUAUGAGUGAUUAUUUAGUUUCACACGAGCCUGAGAGCAGCCAAGCUGGAGAAGAAUUCCUAUUGACAGCUUAAUGGAGAUCCCCCCCUCCCCACAGAUUACAUUUCUUCUUGGUGAACAAAGAGAGAGGGGUUCACAUCCUGCUGGGGCGCAGCAACGCCGAGUCUGAGCUGGAAAGAUAUUUACAAAUUAGCGACUAAAUCUUUGCUGCACUGACAGCGUAGAGUGAAAUGUCAGCAGAUGAUUGGAGGGAAAUAAUCCUGAAACUGAAAAUUAAAUACAGUCUCUGUCUUAAAAACAAUAGAAGUUCAUUAAACAGUUAAAAUGUUGACCUGGAUGUCAUCACUGUGAUCCCUCAACAGAUGCAGCCUCCAACAAACUGCAGGGCAGCAACGUCUUCACCAUCGCUAAACGGACAGUGGAGGGUCAGGACAUGCUCUACCAGUCCACGAAACUCACCAACGGCAUCUGGGUGCUGGCCGAGCUGCGGGUCCAGGCAGGAAACCCUAACUACACAGUGAGUACUCGGACGGUUGUAUCAGCGGGGUUUCAAGAUUCAAGAUUCAAGAUUGGUUUAUUUGUCAUACGCAAUAUGUACUAAGAAGAAGACAAUAAAAUAAGGAUACAAAGAUAUCAAAAGUAUAAAAGGAAUGCACAAGCGAUGCAGUAGGCGCUGCCAGAGUGUGAAUGUAUGGAAUGGGGGAUAAGUCAGGGGGAUAAACGAGGUAUGAAAGUAAAAAGGAAGAGUUUCACGUCAUUGUUAGACUGGUGGUCCUGUUACCUGCUCACUGAUAACAGAGAUCGACAGAGACAUAACCUGAAGUAUUUUAUUAAAGGAAGCUUAUUUAAAACACUUUUUUUCUAUUAAAAUUUAAGGCGUUCACUCUGUGAUGAUCCUCUGCACCACAAACUGCUUUAUGACUUACUAAUUGCGACUCAUGAGGCAGUCGUAAUUUGUCUAAAAAAAUGCAAUUUAAGUUUUUCCCCCUUAGGAGUUCAUGUUCAAAAAUGUGUAACAAACAGAAAAUGGCUAACCCACCGAAAGUCAUUCCUCAUUUUAAGAGGUUCAUAUCAAUAAUUGAAACCAAAUCAGGCUCUUAAUCAUAACCCAAAACACGUCGCUGAGACAGUUUCACUCUUCUACACCACAUUACCCAAUCAUCACAGAGCUAUUUUUAGAAGCUAUAAAUAAAAUGCUUGAGCGGUAUUGUCCAACCAUAAAUCAAAGAGUUUGUCCGUUUUACUGUCUGGACCAAAUCGUCCAGGUUGUCUGCAUCUUAAAAGCAGGACAUUCUCAUCAUACACAGUUUAAAGAAGUUCCUGCCUCCGUUUUGCGCCCGAGUUCAAAGUGAAAGCUGACACGCCGAAUUAAAUCAACGGGAUGCAGCGAACGUAACACUGUCAUGACUGAGCUUCAUGGAUAAAGACAAAUGAUGGAGCAGCUGCUGAUGUGAACAAGCAGAGACAGACCCAUGCGCUGUAAAGAGUGACAAGUGCGCUGAAGGGUGCGGACUGGUUGAUUGUGCAGUGAUUGAAGUGUGGUAGUAGUGCCGGUGACUCAUGCGUGUUUGUGCCCGCCUGUUCGGUGUGUGCGCAUCUAUUUGUUUGCGUUCUUCAUUGUGUAGUCGCAUGUCUUUGCUUCGUCAGCACAUCACGCUCUGCGAAAUGAUGGAUCGUGUUUGGCUCACAGACUCUCUGCCACCAGUGGGGGGCGAUGACCUUGAUGCGACUCUGCUCCCCUUCUCAUCCCUCAGUCUGCUUUCAGAUGAUGGUUUUAUUUUAUAAGGCAGCAUUUAAGUCUUUUUUUCCUUUCUCUCCUGUCUAGACUAGUCAAUUUGUCGCUCGCCCAGCCUGCUCAGUAACUCCUCAGAAUUUGUAAUUUCAAAGAUUCUCCUUUCUGUACAACGUGACCUGAAAUCAGAGCGUUUCAAAAGCAUAGGUACUGUUGAACAGAGCUUUAGUGUGCAACCUAUGGAGUGAUGGGAAAAAUAAUUGCCUUAUGAUUGUUUGUCGAGCAUCUAUUUUAUGAAAUUUCUUUCUGCAGGGAGCGGUUUGCAUUUUUCAUUUUCUCUCUCUUGAUUAGUUGCAUUUUAUUUCCCCUGAGCGCCCAUUCGUGGUGUAAUCUCAUUAAUCCCACAAGUUAUUCUCAGCAUUUAGCAGUCUGUUCUCCCACUGUCAUUCUGAUUUCAUGUUCAUUUUAUAGCUCAACUCACUCCUGCGCGGGGGUUGGCGGGCUCCCCGACUCUAUGUGCGGGGAUCAUGAAUCGUUUAGUGAAGAGACGAUAGAGGGCUAACUCAAUUGCAUGUACAGUGUGUACUCUGAUGCUCGUCUCCCCGCAGUGCUGGCUGCUGCAUGGUCCCUGCACUCUCUUGGCACAACACAUGAAAGCUGAGCUGCUCAAGCCUUUUGUCGGCGGCUAUUUUUAGACCUGAAGGAGCAAAGCCCUGCCAUUGCGGAUCUUCAUGGUUUGAUGUGGUUAUACGCACGAAACAUUAAACAUUUUCAAAUCAUAGCCGGGGUUUGAAACGUAUGGCAGGACUUCUGAUUUUUGCUUCUGCUCACACAUCCUGUCUUUGCUUAUUUUUUCUGAUAUUUCAUACACCGAUAUGUUUCAGCUCUGUUGCGUGGCGUCGCUUUCAGCUGUGUUCUAUUUACACCCUCCUUACUCUCUUGUUCUGAUGGGGUUUGGAUGUGCAUGGCCUCCUAAUGCUUUUAAUUAACGUUUUUAUACGAUUAGAUCAUUUAAUGCGGUGGGAAUAAAGGUGGUCGUUGUAGCAAAAGUGGUCCAGACAGCAAAACCGACAACUGGAGGACCGCUUUGAAUACUAAUGUUUGUGUUUGAUUUUAAAUACAGUAAGAAAGGGUCUUUAUUUUUAAUUCUAAGUGGAUUAACAAAAAUGUAGCACAGCUGUCUUGUUUCUUUCUCCAAAGUUUCAAAGUAAAUUAGCAGAAAACAUCUUGCAUAACACUUCACUCCAAACAAAAUAUAACAUUGUGUGCACUGUGGCUGAGGACCUGAUGAAUACUGACCGAGCCGACAUUAAUCGUACAUGCGAAAGAACAAUUUUGAUGAUUGAUCGUAUUUAUAAUUCGACACUGCUCCGUCUUUAUCACUAUCUUUUGCUCAGGAAAUCGAGCCGUAUACGUGGGACAGAUGUGAACAUUACGAUGCAUCAUAUUUCAUCAGGAUCAGGCGGUAAACAGCCACCUUUCUUUGUUUUUGCCCUUUUGCUGCAUUGAUGCAUCAGAAAACUGCAGCUGCUUCAGAUUUUCAUUAAAGCAGGUUUCAUAAAGACCCCUGCAGUGUUCCAGGCUGCUCAUGGACCACUAAUGCGAUCCAUUUUUCUAUCUAUUACUGGGACAUUUUAGAUGGGGGGAAAAAAACAUCAUGUCUUGAUAUUAACCGUGAGUAACACAGAUAUAUAAAUAACUUCAAACUUAGUGGUUAUUUUCUCUGAAAGAUCAAAGUCAGCUGGAUGUUUUUCAGUCCAUAUGAAGUGAUUAAAGCCUUCUUCGUCUUUGCUACCACUUUUUCCUUCUGUUUGUAUCUUAUUUUUUCCGUGUACCACUUACAUUACCAUUAUAAUCAGCAGUAAGCCUGAAGCUGAACACAUAACUGCUGAAGUCUGAAGUUCUCUUAAUAGCAGGUUCGACGCAGCGGCCUGAGCGUUUCCUCACAUCUCAUACCCCAUGCUGACAGUAGAACGGCUGCCUAAAUGUUGCCAGCAGCAGCAUGCAUUAGUAAAGAGCCCCGGGUGCACAGAAGCAACGCUUAAAGAGCGGGGCAGUAUUUCCAUUUUAUUCCUCUGCAGCUCUGCGGUUUCCAAAACAACCCUCCCUGUCACUCCAGUUUGAUAUUCCUAUCCGUCGAGACGAGGAGGGGCACUAAGAAGAUCUCGAGUGAAUAACUGAUCUUCUAAUUAUCGUGAUGGUGCCACCGUUAAUGAGAAAUUAUCGCAGUGUUGUCACAUCACUUGAAUUUCAAACAUAGACUCUGUUGAUUGAAUGAUGUUGAUAUUAGAUCCCAGGAGGAAAACAAAAAAGCAAAGAUUUAAAGCAGUCCUCUGAAAGUUUGACGAUGUGGAAAACUAAAUAAGAAGAUAAUGAGGCAAAAACAUUCAUUAAGAUUCAGAAAAAAGAACAUGAUUAAGAUAAAGCACAAUCAGAGACGAGCUGUAUAUUCUAUUAAAUCUAAUGCAUAAAUAUGUCUUUACGAGUCUCGAAACUCCAGACCAAUUUGUUAAUAUGCCUGCAGUGUUUCACUCACAUAGACUUCCCUUGGCGUUCAGCCCGGAUUUAUCAACAGCUGCAGGAAUAAACGCACUGACCCAUUUUAGCCUUUUUAUUUAUUUAACCUCCCGAGAGAAUGACACAACUUUGGGUGGAUUAAUCAGUGGAUGAUCCCCUAUUGCUCCACAGCUCGUGUCCAUGUUAUUUAGCUGAUGAGUCCGAUAAGUCCACUCACAAUCGCAAUAGUUCAGCAGAGACAGAAAGGCCUCCAGUACUGCAUGUCAUAAACUUUAAAGAGACAGAGAGUCAAUGUUGUUUUCAAACUUUAACACUCAGUAUACGUGCUUGUACAACUUGUUUUGAGGAUGUGACAAAACACUUAAAUCCUACAUGCAGGGAUGUAAGACACAAAGGGGGAAAGGAUGAGAGCAGAUUGGGCCUUAAUUUGAAAAUCAUCCAGAAAGUUUUUUAUGUUUCAUGCCUGUAAAGUUUUUCUACUGUCCUGGACUAAACUCAUAUAAGGUUGUAUAUGAGGCUCUUAAUAAAAAAUGAGCGAGCCUGAUGUUCUCUAGAGUCACCCCCGGCAGUCCGGAAGCUCUGAUUUAUUAACAUGCUGACAGGAUGAAAGUCAAGCCUUCAGUGUGUGUUUGUAAAGCAUGAUUGAGCCCUGCCCUUGGUGGGAACAUGUGAGCAGAGCAGACAUUGCUGGGUGCGGCGGGUGGGCCACCGCUUAAAAUUAAUGAUGGAAGAAACACGUCUCAAAUACUGAUACCUGCUUUUUAAUUAGAUUCAAACCCCAAAUAUCGUAUCUAGUCUUGGUCUUUUUCUCACUCUGAAAAGGAUCUUAUUUGCAGUUUGAUCUUAUCUCCAACUUAGGGGUGUCCCGGUACGAUAUUGAUAUCAGUCAGACAUCAGCAAAAAAACGAAUAUCGGAUUAUAUCGGCCUGCAUCUAAAAUCUCCAAUAUCAGCACUGCGAUACAAGCAGUCCAUACCAGACUCCGCUCCAGCACCUCUAUCUAGCAGCGCCCUGAUCCAGCAAAUCCAGGAACAGCUACAAAAAGGUCUUAUCCGCCGGUCGUAGCUGAUUGUAACCAUUCAAGCUAAUGUGUCCAUUUCCACCGGCUUCUUUCCGUUCCGUUACAGAGGUGGUGGAAAUUCAGGAUAAGAGUGAUGUUGGCCCUGUGGCAGUAUUUUUUGUUUCAGUCUAAAAAAGACAUUGCAGCUGAGUGAAGAACUUGUCAUGCACAAUUAUGUGCCAAUAUAGGAUCAAUAUCUGUAUCGGUCAAUAUUGAAGGCUACAAUACCGGUAUCGUAUUGGAAGUCGAAAAGUUGUAUCGGGACACUCCUGCUCUUAUUCGUCAAUUCACAGCAGCACAGGCCUGUAAAAUACAGUGUCAAACAUGGUUACAGUCUGUAACUUAAGGUGUUUACUAUCCUGUGGAUUUUUCCAUCUUCAAGUCCUGAGGUUAGUUUUUAAAAAUGGAUAAUACAAGGACUCAGAUUUGACUUCAGAAUCUCUCUGGUUUGGCAAAACUGCAGCUUGUUUUUCUGUUGUCUAAUAAAAAAUCAGAGUCCUGACAUACCUGGAAAAAACCAAGGAAAUAAAUCACUCAAAGCCAAAAGCAGACAUGCAGAUAAAUAAAACAGCAGGAUGUUUCCCUCAGUGCAGCACCAAGUUCCUGAUAUUUUUUCUGCAUUCUUUAUAUUCGUCAUUCAGAAACAGUCACAGACGACAGUUUCCACUCGUUCCCUUUAGCAGACUCACGCUGUGACCCAGCAAACUUUCCAGUGGAACAAAUAGGACUCUGAAAUGAUGUUAAUUAAAGCUGAACGAACGAUGUUGUGACUGAGAGGCAGAGCAGCUUUACACGAACACAAAUGUUUGUGUGUUUCGGUGUGUGUGCGUGUGUGUUUCUGUCAGACAGAGAGCACGCAGAUUGUCUCUAGACUUGUGUCACAUCACAGGAUUAGUGGGAUCUAUUGAUCAUCUGAGACAGCACAGCAGGUCUAAAUUUUGCAUUAAUUAAUAAGUGAACGUUUGUAUUACUGGUGAGCGCUGUCUCAUGUAGUAACUAUGUCGUGUUGGAAGCAGAAUCUGUCCUGAUCCAAAAAUCCUCUCUGCAUUGUGAGUUCUGUGGUUUUGAGUCUGAGGAAACAUCGUCAGCUCUGAUCGCUGAAGGGAAUAAGAGUCUGUCUUUUUGAGGCGGUAUCAAAUCCUUCACCUACUCCCAGAUGAGAUCGACUUCAAAGAGAAGAUUUGGAGAGGCUGUCUAUAUUUUUAGAGUGUUUAUUUGUCUAUAAUUCUGUCUGCCUGUUAAUCUGUGUCUGAUAUGGAUGAUGAGAAGGUCUUAUAAUAAUAAAAAAAUAUUCUCUGUUGGAAAAUAAUGAUUUCUCUAGUAAGAAGUACCUUUCUCUGUCUUUUUAUCAAAGCUGUGUUAACUCAUUCAGUGCCACUGACGGAUUUUGACGGAUUCUUCAGAUUUUUUGUUUUCCGCCAGAGGGCGCUCCUCUUCCCGACAUGUGAUUAAGUUUGGGGUCGUUCUGAUCGCAGAAGAGCCGACAAAUACAUCAUAACUUUGUCACAAUAACAAAAACAAGUACUCGCCAGUGAGAAGUGUGCCAAUCAGCCUAGUUAUGGAGCGUUUUUUUUCCUCUGAGGAGAGGACCUUCACAUCGUCAGCAGACAAUCAAAGAACCAAUUUCUUUGAUUGCCGUUGUGCCGCCACUGCCGGUACUGGUGAGAGAGACUGAGCCGGAAUUCAGCGUCAGUCCGGGUGGGGAGGACGCGACCAGUCUGUGUGUUUUUUCCAGAUCGGCAAAGAUCUUACAACCAGGCUGCAUUGAACAGGCAAUAACCAAACACAGGAGUGGGUUAGAGACUAAUGUUUAUUUCUGGUGAAAGAAUAGAAUCACCCCUUUCUUUUGAGAUUUUGCUUUUAAUUCUAGUCCAAGCACAAGAGAUUCUGUGGGUCCUGAAAGAUACAGAAAUUUCUAUCUUGGUCAAUGGCUGCACUGGGUGAAAACUGCAUAAAUGAACCCGGCGCUGAAUGAGUUAAAGAUGUAGUUGCCCCAUUUGCUGUUCCUCCAUCACUCCACUUGAUGCUCAGUUCUCUCUGCGUCGUAUUUUUGCCUCCAUAACUUGUGUAUGUCCCUCAGCGAGUCUUUAUGAACCCUGCUCGGUGUUAUCGAAUUUUAAUCCACAACUUUAUGAGUCCAGUCAUGCUCACCCCUGCUCCUGUCCUCUCUCCCUCAGGUCUCGCUGAAGUGCAGAGCUCCAGAGGUUUCUCAGUGUGUGUUCCAGAGCUACGAGGCCAUGCUGAAGAACUGAGAGAAAUCACAACCUUCAUGGACCCAGUCGCUGCCCCCACAGACCCCCUUACACCUCCUGCUCUCUCCUCAUCUUGACCCACCAACAAUAUUACACACUCAUGAAGUGCCGGAGCCGCCUCCUCCUGCUGCGUCAGGUUCUGGAGGCUGCGCUCUGUUUAUCAUCCAGCUAUUAAACUAGGAUCAAUAAUGAUUUCCAUCUUGGCCCCUUUUCUUACAGUCUUUUCUGAACACUUCAGUCCUUUCUAUGUUUUUUAAACUCAUAUCUUCAGUUUCUGAACGAACACUUUCCCACUCGUCUCUUCCUGAGCCGUCCUGUGAUUUUUUUAGUGGACAGACGUCAGCGGAACUUGUGUUCCCGUGACUGUUUUCUCUGCAUGAGGCUCUCGAAUCAUUAUCCAGCCCCACUUCUCUUCAAAUUGAGUCUAUUUUUAGCGUCUGCAAAUCAGCAGGUGAACCAUCGCUGUCGGCACAUUUAUUUAGGGUACUUUCACUUUGGAUGCGACAGACUCUAACCCUCCGAGACAGCUGCCCGGGCCUCAUAACACAUAUUACUACUUACAAACUACAUAUUUGUUGUCUUUGUCAUUUCGUAGCUGGCUUUAGCGUCUGUGGUUAGCGGUGGGUUCACAUCCUCGGCUGCUCCAGUGAAGCAGAAUGUCUGACGCGUGCCGUGUGCAUGGAAACUUUGCGUUGAUGUGAGUCUCCUUUAAUUUUUACGUUAAUUUGGAUGUUUUAUAGACUCGCAGCGGUUUUCUGCUGCCUGCUCUCUUACUUAGCCAUUCCAUGCUUUAUUUGGUGUCUGUAGUCUUGUUAGCGCACAUGCGGCAGACUAGGAGAGAGCCUCAGGUGUCGAGGAUUUUGUUUUCCCUCCUCUUCCUCCUGCGUCACUGACAUCCACUCGGGUGCUCUCUGCCACUUUGCCCCCCUCUCGGUGUAUCCUGAUAGCAGCUCUCUUUCAAGUUCCACCUGAGAUGAAGGCUCAGGUGAGAAUUUUAUCAUGUUUUGAUACACCUGAGUAAUAUGUGUACAUGUAGUUCUGUCUGAGAGGAGGCUGAAACGGCUCCCAGUGUCCCUGCUUCACGGUCGACUCGAGGUUAAUUGGGUUUCUGUUUUUCAAAUCGUCACACUGAAGCUUUUUUAUCAGCUUUACAAGAUGUACGUACUUACUCUGAAACCUUGUAAAGAUUACAACAGAGGAGGAGGCUGUGUAUCCUGAGUGUGUCUUUGUGUGUGUGUGCGUGCGUGUGUGUGUGUGUGGUGACGGCUGAUUCAUAUGAAAUGCUGUAAAAAAAGAAAUCAAAUAUUUAAUCAGAUGCUUUUGAUUUUUUUUUUCAUUGUGUGUACAUCAUUUGAAGAAGACCUAUUAAAAGUCUUGAUGAAUUCACACUUUCAGUCUUUUCUCCUCACUCUUUGGAUGCCGACAGGUAAAAAAAAGUUCACAGACACUUUGUUUUUGUGUCACAGUCUUUUAUUGCCAAAGCUCCAGUGUCAC